AGCACUCCGUCUUCUGAGCCAAGUUGCCGGAGUUUUUGAGAGGAGAGGCGAGUGUGUGUCGCUUGGACAGUCGUUUAUCGGAGCGUUGUGCUGUGGUAGUGUUGUGGGGCCGGGCAGGAACAUGCCAGUGUGUGAGGCGGACAUGUCCGACGCCGAGUGUUUGUCGCCAGGGAUCGAGGCUCCUCCCGCCCAUUUUAGCGACGAUGAUGACCCCCGCCCGCCCACAGACGCCCCUGAAGGACAGACGGACGUCGAGGACAAGAAAACCGGCGGGCCGGUGAAGCCGCCUUACUCCUACAUCGCCCUCAUCACCAUGUCCAUCGUGCAGGCGCCGAAGAAGCGGGUGACGCUGAGCGAGAUCUGCGAGUUCAUCAUGAACCGGUUCCCGUACUACAAGGCCAAGUUCCCCGCCUGGCAGAACUCCAUCCGGCACAACCUCUCCCUCAACGACUGCUUCGUCAAGGUGCCACGAGAGCCCGGCAACCCCGGCAAGGGCAACUACUGGACGCUGGACCCGGGUGCCAUAGAUAUGUUCGACAACGGUUCCUUCCUGCGGCGCCGCAAGCGGUACAAGCGGCAGCAUCCCGAUUUCCUGAACGAUCCGCAUGUGUUCUCCCUCCUGGCGACCGGCAUGGUGGACCCGUACCAGCUGCACCAGCACCAGCAGCAGCUGCACCAGCACCACCAGCAGCUGCAGCACCAUCACCAAGCAGCGGCGGCGGCGAUGCUGCUCGGGCCGCACCCGCCCAUGCUGCACCGCCCUGUGCCCUACGCCCACCACCCAUACUUGCCGCCCGCCCACCUCCACCACCACCACCACGCCCUCACGCAACAGGCGGACUUCCUGCGGCAGCUACGGAAUACCCUCGCGCCCGCGUCGCCACCCUCGGGCGGCCAUACGCCCAUGGGCGGCGUGUUGGCGCCCACACCCGUCAAACCCGUGGCGGCAGCGCCUCCGUCGCCGCCCCUGACCCGCCCUGCGCCGCGGCCAGCCUUCACCAUCGACGCCAUCAUGGGGAGAAACCGGUCGCCCACUCCGCCACCCACUUCACCGCCCACGUGCCGCCCAUUGCCUUCGCUGCCUCUAGCCGCCCUCAACCCCGAGCCCUUCUCACGACUGCUAGUGACGCCCUUCUUCUCCCAAGGCCUGGGCCGCCCACUGCCUCCCCACCCACCGAUGCCGCCCACGUCUCUCCCGCCCACUACCAUGUCUCGGUGAGGCCUUCGGUUUUAGUGGGCGGCGUAGUCCUCGCCGCCCCGCCCACCACAUUCCUGUACUCAGGUUCUCA